UAGCGCACACGUUGUGCCAAAGCUUAUUUAUUGAUUCCUUGCUCAGUAAAUAUUAUACAUGUGGCCCACAGAAUUCUACACUUAGUGUAGAAUUCUGUGAUGUGGCCUAAUGUUGUUGUUUGUUUUUUUGGUCUUUUUUAAUUUGAUCGAUCGAUCCUCUUAAUAUUCAUUUAAACUGUUUUGUUUAUAUGCCUACGAGGGACACCUCGUUCAAUUGCCAAAGAAGCAUAUGGCUAUAAAACGCAAAGUAUGUUGUGAUGAAUUUCGAAAAGUGUAGACUAAAUUAAUUCAUUAUUCAUUAACUUUAAUUAUUUCAGUAAUCCACUAAAUGCCGCCUGUAGGCCUAGAUCUAAUAAUUGAAUUUUCAGUCAAAUACAAACACGAAAAUAUUGAUCCCCAUUAUUCUUGGGCGCAAAAUAAUUUCGUAUUAAUUUUUUCCCGUUCUACAAAUAAUUACUUUUCGUUUACAUCCACUAUCUCGUUGAAGUUAUGUAUUGUAAACAUUUUUCAAAAUCAUUACAACAAUUUCAAGGUCUAGAUCUAUAUAUCUGAUAUUUUAUUUAAAAAUAAACUGAAUUUUUUCCCCAAAACAUUUUAUUAAUUUUGAUAAUCAGAUUUUUCACGACGAUUUGUUUUACAAACACGCAGAGUAGCCCCCCUUCCCUUGGCGCAAACUAUAAGUUUACAAAAAAGAAAAAAGGCGUCAUAAGCCAAGCCUUAUCUGGAGAACUGUGACAAGAGGUGGCACGAACAUCAGCCACAUAACGGUGAACACGAUCUCAACCUAUUUACCUCUUUUAUGCCAUGGCAAAACGGAGAAGUGAGUCAGAAUUCCCCAAGCAUGAGGACACUGGGGAAGAAAAUCAGAAUAGGCCUCCAAUAACAAGAUCAGUCUCUGAGAAGCGGUUGAAAAGACACUGUGGUGAAACAGCUGCAGACAGUGAGACAGUGCAAGACCCUGAUGCCCCCUCAGGCGAGGAAAUUGCUGACAAAGAAAGAUUUGUCACCCCUGCAAUUGUUUCCCAUGACACUGACAGUCCCAAUUGCCCAGGAGAAUCAUCUGAAUCUUCUGAUCAGGCACCUCGGAUUCUUGUGCUGAACCAAGGUGCUAAUGUAGAAAAUCCACCCAAUGCAAGUCUUUCAGGCCGAGAGCUUUUGGCCCCAGAUGCAUUUUUGAGAACUCCGCCCACAGUGAAGUCAAAAGUUUACUUGAAGCUUGGAGAGGAAACAUAUAGAGGGUUUAAUGUGUUUGAUAAACUCUCAGAUGAGAUUAUCCUUGAAGUCUUUCACCGUCUACCACGUCACAUGAUGUGCACAUGUGCCUUAGUUUGCCGAAGAUGGACUCGCCUUGUGUGUGACUUCAGUUUAUGGAGACGCUUGGAUUUACGGAAAAAGUGCAUUAAGCCUGGAGUGCUGAAGAUUGUGUUAGAACGAGGAGUGCAAAUUCUCAGAGCCAGUCAAUGCGAGGUCAUGGGGUCAUUUUCCAGUACAGUCCAUGGAAAUCCAGAUCCGAGAAGCUCGCCACUUUCAGAGGACAGAAUGUAUCGUGUGCAGAUGUUGGAUUUGAGCAUGGCAAAUGUAGAAACAAAUUUGGUGGAAAACUUGCUCCGUUUCUGCCCCAGACUGAACAGAAUCAGCUUAGAACACAUUCCUAUCUCAGAAGCAUUACUUAUGAAUCUGGGCCAAAACAGUCCCCACCUCCAAAGUUUGAAUCUUGCCAUGUGUACUGGGACAACAGGGGAUGGACUGAAGGCAAUCUUUACAGGUUGUCCAUGGUUAAAAAGUUUGAACAUCUCCUGGACAACUAUGGAGGGAGACGACGUGCGCAAAGUGGCCAAGGCACUCCCGCGACAGAUGCUGCAGCUUAAUAUCAGUGGCUACCGGGAGAAGAUGACGGACGAAGUGGUUGAAGAUAUUUUGGAGCGCUGCCCAAAUCUCAAGAUUCUAGACCUCAGCGAUUCCACGGAGGUGACAGACGCAUCUGUGCUGAAGAUCCCGAAAGCUCUGCCUCACCUGCAGACCAUCUGUUUGAGCCGAUGCUACAGAGUCAACACCCAAACCAUCUUAAGUCUCCAUCAUGCACCCUGUCUGCAGUCCAUCAAUGUGUUCGGCCUGAUGCGAGACCCAUCUCUUGCUGUCCUGGAGGAGCACAUGAGCAAAUACCGCAUCAACAAAGAUCCUUUCUCCUCAGUGGCCAGACCGACCCCUUUCAAUUCUCGGCGACAUCUGAUAUGGGGCGUGUCUCCCUCACCUCGGGGUUUGCCCGUAGACCCUGAUUCGGAUCUUUUCUUUGAGUAUUGAUGCGCGUAGCUGGAGGAUGCCACUGGGGCGUCCAUGCUCAUCUUUGGACAGAUUCCACUACUAUGACUAUGGACAAUUUUGAACGAAUGAUAGCCGAGCGGGUUGGCAAGGAAAUUGUAAGACUGCUUGGCAUAGACCAGUAACAGGGACAGCAUGAAGCAAGUGAACUCCGGCCUGAGCUUAAUACAGAAAGGCUAGGACUCUUGCCUUACAUGAAGAUGGGCAUUACACUCCUGGCUUCUGCCGUUCCUGCAUAAACUAGGGCGGGACAGCCUGUUCUCGCAUGGUGACAUCCUCUGGUUUUUAUUAUAUAUAUACGAAUGGUGCACUCUGAAACACAGCGGUCCGUCCACUUAAAAGCCAACGAGAAUCACAACGUUCAUGAUGUACUGAACUCAAUUCCUCAUAUUUUUUACCGAAACUUAACAGCUUGGGAAAAUAGUUGUGAUAAGCGCAUUGGGUCUUAGAUAUUUUAGUUCUCCGGAAACUUUUCCGAGGUCUCCUGUAUGUAUAUUGAUCUUUGUACGUCAUUGUAGGAAAAGCAGGCACUCAGUCUUUUUUAUUUUGUGUUUUGAUCACAGUGCCAUAUAUAUGAAAUACCUUUCAUUUCCAUGCGUGCCACAGCAGUUUAAAAUUUGUAAAAUAUCUCAGGAUUUGACAGUUGCGCCUAUUUCAGAUUUUUAGAAGCAAAAAAAUUUGAAGGAUUGACCUGAAAAGAGCCAUUGGGGGAGAGUGGGGUGCGCAAUAUUUUUUAGGGGGAUUCUGAAUUGGAAAGUAGAGAAAAUAAGCUUUCAAACCAUAUCAGUAUAUAGACGUAGUGGGUCAAUAAGGAGAAGGCCUGGCAGAACUCCCAAAAGUGCAUUUGUUCAUACAAGAAAACAUUUUCAAUUUUCAGGGAUUUGGCAAGUUGCUGACAUGGAAAGGCACACACUCACACACACACACACACACACACACAAUUUUUGGACAGGUAAUUUGCUGAAAAAGUAAUGAAAAAUUGGACGAGAAAGGCACUUUUUUUUAUGGCUCUCACUGGUGCUGCAUCUCAGGGACAGGCCAUGUAUCUCCCACUUGGUUUAAGCAGCCCCUCACAUGUAUUUCAUAUAUCAAUGUUAUAAGUUGUAGGUUACUGUGGCAGCCAGAUGUAAAAUACAAACUUUUGAUGUUUUUCUUAUCUCCCUUGCUAGGGCAUUUAUGAUGUGCAGCUGUCUGUCAAAAUUAUACAUUAUUAGCUCACAACGGUUCAUGGAAUUUUAGCUGAGGGGAUGGUUGUAGAAAAAAAAAUUCCCAUAAAUUCUUAUGAGUGUCUCCUCUAUUCAAUGAGUGUUGUGUUAUACAUGGAAAGGUUGUUGAGUGCACCUUGAUUUUGGGACAAUGGGUUCAGAAUAUUUCUCCCCGGAAGACCAAUUUUGCUUAGGUCACAACGUUUAGGCAAUGUUUCUCCCUCCAAGGUCAGUACCAAUUUCUGCAAUUAAUUUUUAGAUACUUACUGUUUUACAAAACGGUCAGUACCGUGACGAAGAAAAGAGGACACUUCCUAGACCACCUACAGUGACAGCCCCCCAUGUCUCCGUGUCAAGCCGCAUAAAAAGUUCUUUGUAUUUGUAAGGGUUUUACGUCACAUACAACUCUACAUUUUUAUUAAAAUGCUCGUUGACCUACGGAGACAAUAAUCAUGUGUGGAUGAUUUCUUUUUUGCAUGUUGACCCACUGUUUGUCUAUUUUUUAAAAUGACAUUGUUUUGGGGUUUUUUUUCAAACCUUUACGGAUGAUAGGCAAAGAAAGAAAACAAUAGUUUACUGUGAAACUUAUUUUAAUUUGUUAAAAUCGUAUUGAAGAGCAAUCAACUCUACAAAUUUUCCAAAAAAUAUGAUUAAUUUCAGACAAAAUGAUUGAAAAUGAUAGGAAUGGCAGGACAGCUAUUUUAAUAACAUGACAUGACAAACAGGUUUACUUUUUAAACACAAGCAGAAAGCCAUUCUGUCAUGAAAAAUUAUCAAAAUAGACAGAGGCUCCUAUGACUUAAAAAACUAAUUACAUCAGUAAAAUUACAGCAGAGAUUCUUCCAGCAAUGGUGGAAAUUGCUCUAUGUUUCCACUUAGAUUUAUGGAAAUAUCCAAAGAAGGUUAAAUUAAAAUGCAAAUGUGUAGGUUGAAAUCUGUCAUCCCAUAUGAAGUGAAUAACCGUUUAAUUACCAGGUCUUUUAGUUCGGUAAUAUGUUUAAUUGUGAUAGCAGCAUUCUUCCAAUAUUUUAUUAGAUGUUUUUUUUAUGUGUUGCCUUGUGGGAUUUUGAUAAAGGUAAAUGCUUCCUCAUUUUUCUCUCAACAUGAAAUCAGUUUCACAGAAAAAGAAUUAAAUGAAAACGGUGUGUUUAUUUAUAAUGGCUGCGCACAGUGCUGGUUCAAAAGUUGUACGUAAAAUACAUGUAUAUCAUUUUACCUACUUUCCAAUCCAUUACGUACAUCUUCAUUCAUCCUUGAAACCACAUGAUGCUUUGCAUGAUUAUGUGGAAUCUUUCAAGAUUCUAAUAGUAAUAGUAAUUCCUUAACCCACUCUGGGACUUACAAAGUUUGUUUAUAUCCAAAGAAGGUUAAAUUAAAAUGCAAAUGUGUAGGUUGAAAUCUGUCAUUGCCUUGAGACUUUUCCUACCAUGAAGUCAUUCUCAAAGCUUUGCCUGUGAUUUAGAGUGAAGGAAGAACUUGUCAUCACUCUAAUUUUAUCUCCAUAUUGUUUGCUCAUUUGCAUCUGUAUAAUUGAUAAUGGAUAAUGGCAAUGUUGUGGUAUAAAGUCUUUUGUGUCUGUAGAGAAUAAUAUCACAGAAACUCAUUUUUUGUAGCAGAAUAUCCUUAUAGUUAUAGUACAGAAAAUCGUUCAUGUCAUUUGAAUUUCAUCAUACCAGAGAAUAGUGCCUCUUGUAGGUGCUGCUAGAGCGUCUCUUAUUUCAGUCUGUCAGUCCUAUCUACAUUUCCCUGCAAUAAAUGGCUUUUAUGUGGAUUUGCUUCUUUUUACUAGAACUGAAGGAAUUGUUUUUUGCAUGUGUAGAAUAUUAUCACAUCACAGAAAGUCAUGUAUCUAUUGAACAUUUUAUCAAUAGAACGUGUGAUGUAUCUCUACAGAUACCAAGCAUUAGACAAGGCCGAAAUGUGAAUGUUUGAUAGUCCUUGCAAUGUGUACCUCGAACAGAUUGCCAUUUGAUAUUGUGGAUGGAAUGUUGAAGAGAGAAACUGACUCGGGUUCAGUCUUAUUUUGAGCAGUUCUCAGAGGGAUGAUAGUAUUUAAUACCGGUACGUGUGCAAGAGUCAAUGAUUGAUGACUCAUCCGUAUGGAAACGAGCUUUAUAUAUGAAUUUGUCUGUCUGUGUGCGUUUGUUGUAUUGUAUGUACAGGAUUUGGUAUCAUCAGAUUUUAUUCUCAAAGAUCUCAUUUCAUGCUGAUGUUGGGAAGCAUGACAUAGUACUAUGCUGUAAAACUCUUUCAUGUGCCAGAUUUAUGUACAUUAUUUUGUGGCUGCCAUUUGGAGAAAAGCCUCCACUUCUUGCUGUCAGUGUAUGUAUGCUAAGCCGUGUAGUGCUCUGCAUAUAUGUCAUUACAUUGGCUUGACAGAAGAGUGUUCUCUUUUUAAUCUGCAUGUGUCACCCACAUAGUUUGUGUACCUGCAUUUAGUAUCUAUGUGUUUGGGUAAUGUACAUGUAUAACUGAGUGGUUGGUUGGCGGGUGCUCAUGUCGGGUUUGCUCCUUUCCUAUCAAACAUCCAUCGUCCUUAUCUCUCCUUCUUAUCUUUGUGUGUUACUCUAAGUAACCCCUCUAAUCUUAAGCACUUUUAUCACCUAUUUAGGUUGCAAGUGCUGUGAAUAUGAACUCUCCCUUAAAAUCGAAAAGAGAGAGGAUGUAUGGAGAGAAAAGUCUAGUGAGGGAAUUGGGUGAUUGAAUGAUUGCCUGUGAGUUGCUGUGUGUGUGUGUACACAAAUGUGAGAUGAUCUUUGCAGUGUGAAUUCCUUGUAUGGUGUACAUCCGUUCUAUGUUGUUGUUUUCCUUGCAGUGUUAAUCAAUAAUCCUGUAAUCUACAACUUCUGAAGUGAGAGCGGCAGUAGAAGAAACAUAGUUUUCAAUUUUUUGUUGUUGUGUUUUUAUCAUUAUGUUAUAUGUAUGACUUUCACUUUUGUGUCAAUGCUGGUAUCCUUUGAAAAGUCAUGCUGUCCCGAGUCUACCAAUUUCUUAUGAAUGUAUUUUCUGUUUGAGUUUGUUUGUAAUGAGUAUUCCUGCUUUGUUCUCACCUGGGCAAAAUUAAAAAAUUUCCCACCAACUGAAAAUAUUAGGUGUGUCCCACGCGCUCAUAUGACCUUAUGCCGUUGCGAGCACCGUGAAACACUUUUAAAAAAAAUUGUAGUAAUGUAUCAAACUUUUAAUACUUUAAUGAAAUAUAAUUUUAAGUAUUUAAAGACAAUUUUCUAAUCCUAAUUUUAACUUUAUUGUUUUGUUAUAUAAAGUUGAAUUUUGUUCACUUCAUCAUUAUGCUGGAGUUUAAUUUUAAAAGACAGUAUACGGUAGAACAUGACUAUGACGAAGUUGAUAAGAAAAGGAAGACUAAUCUAAAUCUAAAGCACAAAUUUUAUUGAUAUGGCAGGGAGGUAAUCAUGUGGAUUUUAGAUUUUUUGGGGUAAUUUCCCCUUUGCAUUCCUAAUAGCGGGAACUGGCCUUCAGCGGGGUUUUUCUUCUGGAACCAAAAGUCCCACUAUAGCUGUGUUCUAUUGUAUCCAGUUUCGUAAAAUAUUCAAGAGAGAAAAGCAAAAAAAUCUUUGCCUCUCAACUUUAUCUUCAAAACACUUUCCCCAUCUUAUUUAUUAAGAUAUCGAUACAUGUACUGGACUACGGUAAAAAUAUUAGCCAUGGUUUAAACUAUCAGGUGGAAUCAAUAACUCACUUUCAUCCAAAACUGGAUAUAUAUUGUCUUUUUAAAAUUAAACUCCACUAUCGCCCAGUGAAUUGGACCUUGAUGGGGUGUUUGAUUUUUAUGUCUUAGUUGUUGUUUGUACAUUAUUGCCUUUUCUAACAGGCAUUUUAGAUUUUGCAAGCUUCCAUUGUCUUGCUGAAAUUUUACUUUGUGUUGUCAUUUUAUGCUGUGGGUAAAUUAAAGUAUUUUUAUUGUGAAACAAAAUC